CCAACAUUCAGCGAAGAAACACAUAACAGACAUAACACACAUAUUGCUCAGGUGCGGAAACUAGGUUUGAAGCUAAUAAUACCAGAGACUUCUCCUGAACAUUCGACAUUUGCUGAGUUUGAACCCCGUCAUGGCUCUGUGACAGCACCUGUACGUUCAGCUGAAAAUGAUGGCCGCAGAACUUUCUCUUUUGGUGCAGUCGCAAUGCCGGGGCGCAUGACAAGAAAAAUUACGCGGCAAAUGACGAUCUCCGGAGAUUCUGCGUAUUCCACAGGUGGGGUAAACUCAAGACUGAUGAGAGCAAUUUCAAGAACAUUUACAUUAGGAUCUAUGACAGAUGGUUCUAGUUCUACAAUACAGAUUGAGGAGUGGCGGCCGAUUUUUGACAAGUUUGAUCUUGAAGCGGACGGGAGACAUGAUGGACGAAUUCCAGUUUCUAGAUUUCAGGCAAUCCUGGAGGGAGAUCCCAUAUGGAAGGAAUCUGUUCCACAAACUUUAAAGGAUAGAAUCAUCAAGGAAGUAGAUAUAAACCAAGACGGGGUAAUAGAUUAUGAAGAAUUCUUGCUUUUAGUCCGCGGCAAACAUCUGGGUUUGGGCACACGAAGACGACGGGCCUUUCGUCAGCUGCUGCGGGAAACCGUGGAGUUUAUUAUACCGUACAAAUAUACAUAUCAGAAUGAAUAUAAGUGUUCUCCUCCUCCCUUGUUUAUGCUGUGCCUUAGCUUCCUACAAACAGUUAUAUUCAUUUACAAUAGUUAUCAAGAAAUUGGAGAUAUAGGUUUAUAUGAGCCUGUUCCUUAUUGCUCUCAUCUAAUUUAUAAUCCAAACCAAAGAAUUCAAAUAUGGAGAUUUUUAUCCUACAGUUUAAUUCAUUCUGGCCUCUUCCAUGUUAGUUUUAAUGUUGUUAUUCAACUUAUGCUUGGGGUCCCUUUAGAGAUGGUAAACGGAUGGUGGAGAGUAGCUGUUGUUUAUAUCUCUGGUGUACUAGCAGGCUCGUUAUGGACGAGUAUUAUCAAACCAGGAGUAUUCUUGUCUGGAGGAAGUGGCGGGGUAUACGCCCUAAUCAUGUCCCACCUAGCGACAGUUAUUAUGAACUACAGGGAGAUGCCACACCCAUUAUUACGUGUUGGAAUUAUUCUAGUUGUAGCUCUAACCGAUAUUCUGGUUUAUCUUUAUGAUACAGUUAUACUUGGAGAGCCUGGAAAGCCUAUCUCUUAUCCAGCUCAUGUAGCAGGGGCCAUAGCAGGACUGUUUUCUGGUGUUCUGUGUUUAAAAAAUCUAUCAUGGGAAUUUUUUCAAAGGGUUGCCUGGUGGAUAUGCCUGGUACUAAGUAUAGUGCUAAGUCUGAUAGCUCUAGUGUGGAAUAUGGCGGAUCAAUCUCAUUUUGUUAAACUUACAAUUUCGUUUAAUUGCUCAAAUAAUAAAGUAAUUAUUUAACAUCUUUA